CAUUUCUGUCCCCUAUAAUAAUAAAAAGUGCAUUUAACUGCUAACUUAAUGUUUAUUUCUGACGCAAGUUUUAAAUCACUUUUGUUGUCAUUGCUAUACUUUUAGACCACAAAAUAUUUUUCCAGCUAAAAUUGCCUUCUUAUAAACAAAAACCUAUAAUAAUAAUAAUAAUGAUAAUAAUAAUACUUGUUUAUUUAUAGGGCACUUUUCAAGCAAGAAGCACAAAGUGAUUUCCAGAGUUAGAAAAAUAAAAGACAAUGGCACAUAACCAUCAUAAAACAAACAAAACAGAGGUAAACAAUUACUGUUAAAAAAGUAAACUCACAAUAAAAUAAUUGAAAAUACAGAAAUUAGCAAUGUAAAUUGACAUCUUACAUUUUAAAUGGAUUAGCUGUUAAGAAAAGACAUUCUGAAAAAAAAGGGUAUUCAGAGAUUAUUGUCCUAGAACCAUAUGUGUAGGUAUAUUAAGGCCAUUUUAAUUCACCUUAAGGAUCUAGUUGUUUUUAAAGUGAGUAAUAUGAUGGGCUACAGCUUUAAAAAAAAUAUAUUUAAGAAAAUGUAGGUCCAGGAGAAUUUUUCAGACGGUCUAGUGGACAUUAAUAUAUAAAGUCCAUGAUUCUGACUCUGUCAAAUCUCCAAAACAAAAUUAAAACUUUCCACAUUUUUAUAGUAAUUGUUAAUGACAAUGUAGACAUUUAAAUGCUCAGAUUUGACUACAUUAAUUUACAUUUCCCCAUCCACAGCAGACAGGCUCCUUUAUAAAGAGGCUGGAAGUUUAUUUAGAAAUUUAGAUAAAUAUUUAAAUUUUGUACUAAUUUCAUAAAAUAACCUAAUGAGUAUAUGUUAGAUACAAAUAUUGCACAGUUCAAAUUUUCAAAGGAAGUAAUAUAAAUUAUUAUAAAUAUAAUAAUAGAAAUACACAUAAUAUAAUCAAAAUAUUUUUACCCCUUAUAAAUGUAAACAUGUUUUGUUUUUUAAUCCCCUCAACCCUGACAUUGUCUUCAUGUUUCUACCUAUUCCUUUCAACAAAGAAGUACCUUACCUUCAGUGAGAAUUGAUCCAGACCAGAUGGUAGUCUAUUCUCAUCCAAAGUUUUUAUGCAGACUAAAUUGUAGGAACAAUUUUCCUGAUGGUGGUGCUAUAGCAUCCAUCUUAAUCUUUCAUGUUUUGUGAGGAUGAAUUGUUUCAUUUUUAAACGCUCUAGCUUUCUAAAAUUCUACUCUCUUACUCUAACCUUUAUUACUGAACACAACCCAAAAAUCACCCUUUUUCCCCUCAUGAUUACUGAAACCCAACCCUAUUUUUGCUUGGAGCUAAAAAUCAACAUUGUUUUUCUAACAAUUACAAUCUGUCUCUAUUUGUUUGUGAUUACCGUAAGGGACAGAGAAAGAGAAAGAGACUAAAAGAAGCAAAGAAAACUGAAACCUUCUCACAGGGGCUGUAGGCUAUACAGUAAAAGCAGAGACAGACAUGAUGACAGUGAGGCUUAGUCAAAGAAACGAGGCAAAAGAACAUUAUAUAACUGAAAACACCUCUCCAAAAUAUUCAUUAUGGCUGCAACAAUUGCAGAAUUACCUUGCAUUGCCUGAAACCUCAGUUUUAAAACACAGUAGAAAGAACUGUCAUUCUGUUUUCAAGUAAGUUUAAAGUGUUCACAAGGUGUUGUUUUGAUAGUUUAUGCUAAAAAUAUAAAAAAUAAAUUAACACCUUUGGUAAAUCUUUACAUUUUUACCCAAACUUGGUGCCACUACCAGAAUAAGUUAUUACCUUAAAGGUGCAUAUUUUGAUGGAAAACGUUCAAAAGAAUCACCCUCCUACAACUGCACACUGACUUAUUGCAACAUAGUUAGUGAAAGUACAUGUGAGUGCUUGUACAGUGUGUGCGUGUGUGUGUGUGUGUGAGUGUGUGUGUUCAUAAGCACAACCCAUUUCAUGCCGUAGGAUGUGGUUUACCGAGUGCAACAACUUUAUGCCGGAAGCUCCACGGCUUCUAUCAACUUAUCAUCCACUGUUUUUUUUUGCGUGUCACUGCGAGGUACUCAGUCUCUCUCCAGAAGCCAAAAGCCACCAGUGUUUGUCAUCAUAGUGUCGUUCGUAGCUGUUACCAUGUUCCCCAGGGUGAUUUUGAAGGGGACUAUGAUUAAGAAAUCUCAACAAAAGAAGAGAACGUCACCGUGCAACUACAAGGAGAGGUUCUUUGUAUUGGACACUCAAGACCUGAAGUAUUCGGAACGCCGCCCCGGGAAAAAGCCCAUGCUGAAAGGUUGCAUCGAGCUGUCCAGAAUCAAGUGUGUGGAGAUUGUGUGUAGCGAUUACCCCAUACCAUGCAACUAUAAGUACCCUUUUCAGGUUUUUCACAACAACCACUACCUCUACGUUUUCGCCCCGGACAAUGAUUGCCGUCAGAGAUGGGUCAGAGCUCUUAAAGAGGAAACAAAGAGAAACAAUUUGGUUGCAAAAUACCACCCAAACUUCUGGAUGGAGGGAAAAUGGAAAUGCUGCCAACAAACAGAGAAGCUGGCAGCAGGUUGUCAUGUAUACGACCCAGUGGGUUAUGCUUCUAAAAAGCCACUUCCCCAACUCCCGGAUCCACAGAUGGAACUGCAUGAUGAAGGAGGGAGGACGGUCAUCGCUCUGCAGGACUACACACCGCUCGGAGACGACGACCUGCCCCUUCAGAAAGACCAGGAGUACACCCUGAUCAACAGCUCCCACUCUGAAUGGUGGGCCGUAAAGGAUAACAGGAGCAACACAGGCUUUGUACCCAGUACUUACGUAGCUAUAAAAUCUGGCAACAACUUUCAGAGAUUUGAAUGGUACAACAGAAACAUAACCAGAGGGAGAGCAGAGGAUUUGUUAAUGCAACAGGGAAAAGAAGGUGCAUUCAUGGUGCGUGACUCGAGACAGGCCGGAGUCUACACGGUGUCAGUCUUCACCAAAGCACCGGGGUCUAAUGGGGAGAAGAAUCCGAGAGUGAAACAUUACCAAAUUAGACAGACAGAAGCAGGAGAGGGCAGAUUUUACCUGGCAGAGAAAUACCUGUUUAGCACCAUUCCUGAGCUCAUUCAUUACCACCAGCACAAUGCUGCCGGCCUGAUAACGCGUCUGAGACACCCUGUGUCUCAGGAGGGAGGCUGCUCUCAGGACAUUGCCGAUCCCUUGAAAGCAGAUCAGUGGGAGGUGAACCCCGAGGAGCUGACCCUGGGUCAGGAGUUAGGCGUCGGCCAGUUUGGGGUGGUGCUGGAAGGGCGGUUGAGGGACAAGAAGGUGGCAGUGAAGAUGAUAAAAGAAGAGUGCAUGUCGGAUGAGGAAUUCAAAGAAGAGGCGCGAGUCAUGAUGAAAUUGUCCCAUUGUAAGCUGGUCCAGCUGUACGGCGUGCGCACCCAGUGCUCUCCCAUGUGUCUGGUGUUUGAGUUCAUGGACAAUGGCUGUCUGUCAGACUACCUGCGAGCCAGGAAAGGGCGUCUGUCUCAGGACCUGAUGCUGGGGAUGUGUCUGGACGUCAGUGAGGGGAUGGCUUACCUGGAGACCUCCAACUUCAUCCACAGAGAUCUGGCUGCCAGGAACUGUCUCGUUUCAAAGAGCAAUGAGGUGAAGGUAUCUGAUUUCGGUAUGACAAGAUUUGUGCUUGAUGAUCAGUACACGAGCUCCCAGUGCUCCAAGUUCCCUGUCAAGUGGUCGGCCCCGGAGGUCAUCAAGUACUGCAAGUUCAGCAGCAAGUCCGACGUCUGGUCAUUCGGUGUGCUCAUGUGGGAGGUGUACAACGAGGGCCGUCUUCCCUACGAGAACCGAACUAAUGCUCAAGUGGUGGAGUCCCUGAACACGGGCCUGAGGCUCCUGAAGCCACGCUUGGCCCCAGACGCCAUCCACCCGCUCAUGGAGUGGUGCUGGAAGGAGAAACCAGAAGAUCGUCCAUCCUUUGCUCUCCUCCUGCAUGAGCUGGCCUCCCUCUCAGACCUGUGAAGAUAAGAUCUGAAGUUGAUUAGAAUAGUUCUAUUUAUUUUAUUUAUUGAUUUAUUGAUUUAUUACCAAUUGCUUGUCAAAUGUUUUUCCAAUGUAAUUUUUUUGGUUAAGAUGAUUACAAAACACAAGACAGCUUCAAAUUCCUGGAUUUUGCACUUUAUCUGUUUCAUACCUUUAUAUGCAGUCUCUUUCUGAGAAGGCUCACACAGUCCAUUCAAAUGGCUACCAGCUGCUUACUGCUGGUUCAUGUUAAGGUUUCACAUAUUCUGUAAGGUCUCUGUACAUUAUACACAUGAGAUGAUUGUGCUGUUUAACUCACUGUAAAGGAUAAACCCUAUUUUCCCAUGUUUUUGUGUCUAAGUGACUGAUGGGGCAAUUCCAAUGUCAAGAAAAACUUUUUAUUUCUCUGUAGGAUCUUUUCCAUAACGUUGUCAGACACUUAUACUAACAAUCUGAGCCUUGUCAGUGGCAAAAACAAGCACUUGUUAGUGGACAUUCAUUGACGGUGCCAGGUUGCCC